AUAUAUUAUAUAUGUCGAAGGUCGGUCCACCGUAAAAGAGAUCCGUGACUUUUGGAGCAGAACAAAAGGGAACGAAAGAGAGAAUUGAGAUGUGGAUGGCUUUUCGCAUUCCCUUCGCUUUCUCUUAUCUCAAUCAUUUCUCUGCUUCCAAGAAUGGGAAGUGCUGUUGCAACCGCUUAUGGGGAAUACACCUAUGAGAACCUUGAGAGGGAACCCUAUUGGCCUUCAGAAAAGCUCCGCAUUUCAAUUACAGAUGCUGGUGGGUUCAUUGCCUCGCACAUUGCCAGUCGACUGAAGAGUGAGGGGCAUUAUAUAAUUGCUUCAGACUGGAAAAAGAAUGAGCAUAUGACAGAGGACAUGUUCUGUCACGAAUUUCAUCUUCUAGAUCUUAGGGUGAUGGAUAACUGUUUCAAGGUGACAUCUGGAGUUGAUCACGUGUUCAACCUUGCUGCUGAUAUGGGAUGAAUGGGCUUCAUUCAAUCGAAUCAUUCUGUCAUUAUGUAUAACAAUACAAUGAUCAGUUUCAAUAUGCUUGAGGCUGCAAGGAUCAAUGGAGUUAAGAGGUUCUUUUAUGCUUCUAGUGCCUGCAUUUACCCUGAAUUUAAACAGCUAGACACUAAUGUGAACUUGAAGGAGUCUGAUGCGUGGCCUGCAGAGCCUCAAGAUGCUUAUGGUUUGGAAAAGCUUGCAACUGAAGAGCUAUGUAAGCAUUACACAAAAGACUUUGGAAUUGAGUGUCGGAUUGGGCGGCUUCAUAACAUAUAUGGGCCAUUUGGUACAUGGAAAGGUGGGAGAGAAAAGGCCCCUGCAGCAUUUUGUCGGAAAGCUAUCACUUCCACCGAUAUGUUUGAGAUGUGGGGAGAUGGGCUGCAAACACGGUCUUUUACCUUCAUUGAUGAAUGUGUAGAGGGUGUACUAAGAUUGACAAAGUCAGAUUUCCGAGAGCCGGUGAAUAUUGGAAGUGAUGAAAUGGUCAGCAUGAAUGGGAUGGCUGAGAUUGUCCUCACCUUUGAGAACAAGAAACUUCCCAUCCAUCACAUUCCUGGUCCAGAGGGAGUGCGAGGUCGAAACUCAGAUAACACUCUGAUUAAAGAGAAGCUGGGAUGGGCCCCUUCUAUGAAAUUAAAGGAUGGGCUUAGAAUCACGUACUUCUGGAUUAAGGAGCAGAUUGAAAAAGAAAAAGCUCAAGGUGUUGAUUUAACUGUUUAUGGGUCAUCAAAAGUAGUGGGAACUCAAGCACCUGUUCAACUGGGCUCUCUACGAGCUGCUGAUGGCGAAGAACGAGGCUAAAGUUUGUGUGUAUGUUGUGCCAGGGACUCAGUGAGGCGUUAGGGAGCUGCUAUUUAGUUUUACUGCUGUCUCUUCUUUUAGCUGCUUUGAAUAAUGUCUCUCUUUUCUAUUUAGUGUUCCUUCAAGCUUUUUCUAAGAGAGCUAGUUUCUGUUGUAUGAUGAAUAUGGUGGUGUUGUUUCUUGAUUCCUCCAGCUUCCUUAAUUUACCAAUUUGUUGUGAUACACAUUGUUCAGGAAACCUUGUCAUAGUGAAUGUCUAUUAUUCCAA